AUGGAAGGUACGCAGGCCGAUCCGGUGGGGGAAUGGAGCUCACCGGGAGGUGAAACGGGGCUCGAAGAGCCUAUGUGGCAGUUGGGGUUGGGUACUGGAGCUGAAUCAUACCCUGAACGGCCCGACGAGGCCGAUUGUAUCUAUUAUUUGAGGACUGGGUUUUGUGGGUAUGGUGCAAGGUGUCGGUUCAAUCAUCCCCGGAACCGUACUGCGGCUGUGGGAUCUAUGAGGGCUACUGGAGGGGAGUUGCCCGAACGAGUGGGCCAACCUGUGUGCCAGUACUUUAUGAGGACGGGAAUGUGUAAAUUUGGUGCUUCCUGCAAAUAUGACCAUCCAAGACAAGGAGCUGGAUCUAUAAACCCAGUGGCACUAAAUAUUUCUGGAUACCCAUUGCGACUGGGCGAAAAAGAGUGUUCAUACUACGUAAAAACGGGGCAGUGCAAGUUUGGUGCAACGUGUAAAUUUCAUCAUCCACAGCCAGCUGGCAUACAAGUGCCGGCACCUGCAGCUGGACCUUUGCCUGCACCAGCACUUUAUCCACCAAUGCAGUCUCAUUCUGUUCCAUCUUCUCAACAGUAUGGGGUGAUGACUGGCAACUGGCCCGUUGCGAGGCAUACUAUGCUUCAAGGAUCUUAUGUCCCUGGCACUUAUAGUCCGGUGCUGCUCUCCCCAGGGAUUGUUCCCUUUCCGGGUUGGAGUCCUUACACGGUAAAUCUAGUGAAGGCUCCUUGCAUGAAUCAGAAAUUUCUUAUGAUGCGUACAAUUUUCAACAAGUUGUUAACCCAUCUGGUGCAGGCACCUGUUAGUCCAUUAGCCUCUCCUAGUACUCAGCCAACCAUUGGAGCAGGCCAGAUGUAUGGGAUAACACAACUAUCUCCUUCGGCACCCGCCUAUUCAGGACCUUAUCUAUCCAUACCUUCUAUUGCUGGUCCUUCAAGCCGUAGCCAGAAGGAACAGUCAUUUCCUGAAAGACCUGGCCAACCUGAAUGUCAAUAUUACAUGAGAACGGGGGAUUGUAAAUUUGGAUCUUCAUGUAGAUAUCAUCAUCCACCAGAAUGGAGUGCACCGAAACCAAAUUUUGUCCUUAGCCCCAUGGGUCUUCCUCUACGUCCGGUAAGCUUCUCAUCAUAUACAUAUUGA